AUGCAUGGGGAAUCUGGUAACAUGCACGGAGAAUCUGGUUACAAUGGUUACAUGCAUGGGGAAUCUCGUUACAUGUACGGAGAAUCUGGUUACAAUGAUUACAUGCAUGGUGUAUCUGAGUACAAUGUUUUGCACCAAGCUGAUAGCUGGACUUCAGAUGCUGAGAAGGAGGCUAGAUUAAAUACUGUUAAAGCUGCCACCUACGACCGCCUUGUAAGACCAGCAGACACAGUCAACUUGCAAAUAGGACUGCACUUGCUCACAAUCAACUUUUUGGAGAUUAAAAAUCUGCAAUUGUCGUUAACAGGAUGGAUUUCAAUGGAGUGGGAGGAUGAAAGAUUACGAUGGAGCACUGUAACGUAUGAUGCUGAAUUUUAUUUUGCGUUAGAUACAGAGAUAUGGAAACCAGAGUUAUUUAUUGACAAUUCUUUAUCCGAUGUUUCCAUUUUGAAUGACCAAAACCUCCAGUUUCGAGUAGAAAACACCGGCUUUGUUGAAUGGGAGCUUCCAAGAAUUUUUGUUGUACAUUGUGACGUCGACAUCCAGUUCUUCCCGUUUGAUAAACAAUCGUGUUUGGUUGAGCUAACUAGCUGGGCUUACAGUGUUGAUGAGUUAGUUGUUACAGCUUUAUACGAAGAAGUACAAUAUGAAGAAAUGAGAACAAACGGAGAAUGGACCAUAGAAUCGAGCAAGGUUGAGACAAGGAAUUUCACAGAAGUAAAGCCAGGUGGUACUGAACGAUCUUAUUCAGUAAUUGACUUUACAAUUAUCAUCAAACGAAAUCCGUCACAUUAUAUUUCCUCCACUAUCUUGCCAAUAUUAGCAACGUCUGUGCUCAGCAUACUAGUGUUUAUUCUUCCUGUUGAUAGCGGUGAGAAGGUCGGAUAUACUUUAACAGUUCUUCUGGCAGAAGCAGUGCUACUUACACUUGUCCAGGACAGUAUGCCUUCAUCGUCUAAGAACGUAUCAUACCUUUCUGUAUAUCUGGCUAUGACCCUGGUACUUGGUGUAUUGUGUGUUAUCUUGACUGUUCUGGUUAUAAGAGUGCAUCAUAGAAGUCCUAACAUUCCUGUCCCGCAAAGAAUAAAUGGUUUAAUGCUAAAGAUGUGUAUUCCAUUAUCAUGUUGGAGGGGUUGUUGUUGCAGUCGUGGAAAGAAGAACAGAAAUGGAAAAGUUGGACCAAAUUCGACUGGCCCUGAAGCUUAUGAAGAUAUAAAUGACCAAAAGAACAUAGAAGAUUUUUCAGACGAUUAUCUCUUUGCUUGGACCGAAAUUGCUGCCAUCAUGGAUUGGUUCUUUUUCAUCCUUUUGUCGACAAUAACUGCACUUUGUACUGUUGUUUUGAUGUCGAUCGUCAUAAUAGGAGGAAUUAUUUCAUAGAGUACUAGCAUUCUAUUUCACUCUGUUAUGUUUUAUUGCCUCACAGAUAAAUAGAUACAAACAUUCUCCUUUUCGCUCAUGUAUAAAUAUGUUUUUUUUUUAUCGAACUGAACUAUAAAUGUAUAUAUUCUUACAUACUUUUGACCUUUUAACCCUGUCUACUAACAUUGUCAAUGUGAAAUUUUAACAUUGUUUGUAUAAACAUUGAACGACAAAAAUAUGUGACGUAUACAAUUUUCUGACGUCAGACACGCGAAUCAAUGAAUGUGUUUGUAUAAAGAUGUUUUGUAUUCUGUUAAAUUGUUCCUUUUAAAAUUGUUACACGAUGAUGACUGCUGUACCCAUAUUUUGACUAUAUUAUUUAUUAUGUCUGUUUAGUUCACGCAUCAAUGUAAAUAUUACGGAAUUUGAUGAGACUGUAAACAAAGUGAGAGGGUUAGCGCUAUAAAACCAGGUUUUAUCCACCAUUUUCUACAUUUGAAAAUGCCUGUACCAAGUCAGGAAUAUGACAGUUCUUGUCAAUUCGUUUUUGAUGUGUUUUGUUGUUUGAUUUUGCCAUGUGAUUAUGGACUUUCCGAUUAGAUUUUCCUCUAAGUGUAGUACUUUUGUGAUUUUACCUUAUGUUAUUAUGCAUACGUGUU